AUGCCUCAGGAGAGAACUAGGGCGUCAAUGGAAAAUGACACACCUCAGGAGAGAACCAGGGAGUCAAUCAGGGAUAGUGACAGUUCUAAUUAUUCUGAGUUAUAUAAUAGUGAAUAUGAUCUUGACGAGGAUGACAAAUUGUAUGAGAUAAACGUGGAUAAAGAUGUUGAAUGGGCUGGUGUGGGUGAUAAGGGUAAGGGUGUAAAGGAUGGUACUUCAGCUUUUCAUGGUACAAAUGAAGAUGAUGUGCAUUCUGACUAUGCAGAUUCAGAUGAAUUAUGUAGUUUUGAUGAUUCAUCUUCAGAGGAUGAUGGUGUCAAGAAGAAAGAGAGCCAACAAGGUGCAGGAACAAUGUCCAGUGGAGUGACUACUGCAGGAGCAAACACAGAUGGAAUGAUUGGUCUAGGAGCUGGUGCAACCAAUGUUUCAAGUAGGAGAGGUCAGUUGGCUAUGAGGAGGAACAAAAUGAAUGCACCAACCACAACACAAGUCUCACAUUCUACAGGAGGAGUUCAGUGA